CUGUUGAAAGCUAUCAACACUCUUCCGCAGAAAAUCCCUGAGAUCUUGCAGAGCACCGUGGGCUCCGAUUUGCGACUGCCUGGCGGCCAGAGCCACCCAGCAGGAAAGAACCGAAGUAUGGCCUGGCUCGCGGACUUCCAGACGCGCGCCCACUUCGAGGCCUUCGAGAGCCACUCCGCCCACCUAGACCUGAUGGCGAAGUUCGAAGCCGCCAUCGAUCCUGAAAGCUUCGCGGCGAUCCAGUACGCCCAACCGUCAAUUGUCCUUCCGGGAGUCCACCAUAUCGUGAUGUUGGAUUUCAAGGAGGGUACAAAGCAUGAGGACAUUCUGAAACUGCAGACAUCCAUGCUCGACCUCGGUCGGAAGAUCAAGGAGGUCUCUCGCAUGGCGGUCGCCUUGGCCGACGAGAUGCCUGCAAAGCAGGCGGGCCAAUCUGGCGGAGAUCGCAGCAACCGAAGUCUGCUAGCCCUGGUCGACUUUACUUCGAUUGAAGCCUACCAGGUGUACGAGAAGCACCCGGAGCACCUUGCAUGUAUCGAGCAGAACAUCAAGCCGCUACUGCUGCCUGGGUCGCGUGCGGCUAUCCA